AAGUGUUUCAUUGUAUCGGAGAGUUUGUUCAGAACUGUGGAUGCUGUAAUGAAUCCGGUGGGAUUCUGCGUGAGAUGAACAAACGGGCGAUUCUUUCAUCCUCUCUAAUUCUCGCGAAAAACGCUCGAGUACCAAACAAGGUAAUUCACAGGGGCGCGUGUCUUAAUGCCUCGUGAGCUGCCUACGGAGACAGCAUCACAGGCGAAAACAUGCGGAUAUGAUGCCUAAAACGGUUUCUAGGUAGACAGCUCACUACGGUUUGAAACUUGAUCAAAAAUCUCUCUUAAGAAAAAGAGGGCCUUAACUGAACUUCUCUUUUACAUAUCCUGUGAGUCACUAUUACUGAAAAUUGUCGGCUACGUCUGUGUGACGAAACAGCCUAGAACGUGCUUGUGCUCGCGUCUCAAUCUCCCAUAAAUCCACGAGUGUUGCUCAGUUGCUCAGAGAGCGUUUUAUUGAAGUGUUUGUCAUCAGCGACUGAACGUCAUCUGCAGAAAACCUGAACAGUCAUUUGCAAAUUUGGAAUUUGAACAUUUUUGUUGUGAACUACGCACAGAAGUUUCAUUGCAAGAAGAGGAAGGCCAGCAGACAUCCGCAGCAAAUUUCUGUUGCAACAUAAAGCAGGAUGGAGAAGAUGAAAGAUGGCAAGGGGAAGCAGGUGACGUGUUUUCUCAUGUACUGUGUGUCAACAGCAGUCAUUGGCUCGCUGCAGUUUGGCUACAACACAGGGGUCAUCAAUGCACCCGAUGAGAAAGUGAAAAACUUCUUCAAAAAUGUGACUUUGGCUCGUACCGGAAAGCCCAUGCAUCCCUCUACUGUCACAACAGUGUGGAGUAUUGCCGUUUCUAUCUUCAGUGUCGGUGGGAUGAUCGGCUCUGUCUGCGUUGGUGCUUUGGUUAAUAAGCUUGGGAGACGAAGGUCCAUGCUGCUGUGCAACAUCCUGGCUGUGAUUGGUGGAGGGCUAAUGGGUUUAUCCAACAAGUGCAACUCCUAUGAAAUAUUGAUUUUGGGUCGUCUGGUGAUCGGCGUGUUCUGUGGACUGUGUACAGGGUUGACGCCCAUGUACGUUGGUGAAAUUGCUCCAACAGCACUGCGGGGGGCUUUUGGUACCCUUCACCAGCUUGGGGUGGUCAUCGGCAUCUUGGUGGCACAGAUCUUUGGUUUGGAGUCAUUGCUGGGAUCUCAGACAUUGUGGCCGUUGCUGCUGGCUUUGACAACCCUGCCUGCAGUAGUACAAAGCAUUAUGCUGAUUUUCUGUCCAGAAAGUCCUCGCUACCUGCUAAUCAAUCUGAACCAGGAAGAAAAGGCACGACAAGUGCUGAUUAGUCUUCGUGGACAUUCAGAUGUGGAGGAUGAUAUUCGAGAGAUGAAGGAAGAAGCCAUAAAGAUGUCCACGGAGAAGAAGGUGUCGAUCCCAGAGCUGUUCCGUAACGCCUCCUACCGACAGCCCAUUAUCGUCGCCAUAAUCCUGCAGCUUUCCCAGCAGCUCUCUGGUAUCAACGCUGUGUUUUAUUAUUCAACAGAUAUCUUUAGGAGUGCAGGUAUCACUGGGCCUAUCUUUGUCACUAUUGGAGCGGGCGCAGUCAACACUGUCUUCACUGUGGUUUCUCUCUUCCUGGUUGAGAGAGCCGGAAGAAGAACCCUUCAUUUGAUUGGAUUGGCUGGAAUGGCUGUCUGUGCUUUAAUCAUGACCAUUUCUCUUAAACUAGUGAACCCUGUAACGGUGGAAGCUGGGCUUCAAAAUAGCACAACCAUAGCAACAACAUCUGAAGUAGGAACUUCUGCAGUCAGCAUUUUGGCCAUUGUAGCAGUCUUUGGAUUCGUGGCUAGUUUUGAGAUGGGACCUGGACCGAUCCCAUGGUUCAUAGUUGCAGAGUUAUUCGCUCAGGGUCCACGGCCAGCAGCCAUGGCUGUGGCUGGAUGCUCGAAUUGGACCGCCAACUUCCUUGUUGGACUGCUGUUCCCACAACUAUUGAACCUGUGUGGUCCAUAUGUGUUUAUCAUCUUUUUCGUUCUCCUCAUCUUCUUCUUCGUCUUUACCUACUUCCGGGUUCCUGAGACCAAGGGACGGACCUUUGAGGACAUUGCCCGUGGAUUUGCCAAUACUGCAGGUUCUAACCCUCCAGACUAUUCCUCUCCAGACAGUGUAAUUGCUCGACCAACAUCCACAUCAUCAGAAAAAGUACAAAUGGCUAACUUGGGUAGACAGGAGUCGGUAACAAAUCCAUAGAAAAGUCCAUAGCUAAGACACGUGUAUGAUACUUAAUUAUUAGACAGAUGUAAUAGCUCAAAGCAAAGACAUCAUGUGACACACAGGAGAUUUAUCAUUUAUCUUGCACAUCAGCAUUUACUGAUGUGUGAUGGUGGAGAAUGAUUUCUCACGGUGAGUAAAAAAUAAUUGCAUAUGGAAAAAUUGAUCUUAUUACUGUAGACAAAACUAUACAUUGAAAAAAAGGGAUUCUGAUUCUAAAAAGGUACCUUUGCCGCGAUGCCAUAGAAGAUCCUUUUGGUCAAACGAACCAGCUCUAUUGUUACCUUUUAUAGCCUGAAUAACACUUUAACAUUUGUGUUUACAUAAAGUUUCUUUAUGAUACAACACAGCCCAAAAUAGUUCUUCUGUGGCAUCAUGUAGCACCUUUAUUUUUAUACGUUUGAGGUAUUGUGAAUUAUACAAAGAGCAAACUGAGAUUUUGAAGCACUUAUUGCCCCAGUAUUUUGCUAAGAAAAAAACAUGCUCAGGCAAGUGUUGUUGUUGUUAAACCAGUUUAUGUAGUUAAUAUAACGUCCUGCUGAACGUAUGUGUUUAAAUAGUGUUAUUCAUCUCUAAAGUAUUUAGCAUGACAUGUUAUCACUCAACAUCACUUGAGUGGUAAUGCAUACUGAUGCGAAAUUAUGUGACGAUGAUCACAGAUCCAGUGUUUAGCAUGAGCAAACGUGCAUCCUGCAUGUCAAGAGUUUUACCAAGUCCACACCAAAAGUGUUUUCUUGUUUGAAUGUAUUUAACACACUGUAAUGUGGAUAUGUAUUUUGUUAUAUUUAUGCAUUUCUGAAGACUGAACAUUUUUGUUAAAUAAUUGCAUGAGAACUUUGUAUUUAUGUUUGUUUGAGAGUAUAAUAUAACUAAGCGCCACAUUUGUAUUACUGUAUAAACAACUGAUGUCAUAUCAUGUGACUGAUUGCAUUGAACUCAUCAACUCUUUGGUAUUCCUUACAAUAUAACUCUGAUCUCAGUGUGUCAUUGCAAAACUGUUCCUGAAAUCUGUGUUUCACCCAGGCCAGUACAUCAUCCAACAAAUUAUUUUCAGUAUUAUCUUACAUUCACAAUUUCCAUUCAUAAUCCACAAUCAUGUGAUAGUUGCUGUAUAACUAAUAAUGGUUUUUGAAUUAUUUCUGGGAACCGUUCAGUUGUGUAUUUAGUAUGCACUUUAAUUUGUUUUGUAACUCUGAAUGAUUAAAAACCUUGUUUGUAAUA